UCUUGAAGUGGGAGGGUAUACUGCCUACCACGAGCGACCCAGUUCGUUUCGUAAACGUUAACACUCAAAAUGAGACAACUUCUUUAUCGUUCUGAUGUCUGGAUGUAAGACUAACCGGGACAUUAUUCGUUUGAUUCAUCAACAAAAAGGAAAACCGCUGGAGUUAAACUUUUUAUUUCGCACUGACGGAUCACAGGCGGCCGGCGAAAGAAGUCCGAAGCCCGACACCAAUGGGAAAAUAGGUAAGGUGUGACUGUGAUUUUUGUUACAAUAAAGCGAAAACUGCACUGGAAAUUACUUAAAAUCGACUGAAUUUCGCAGAGGUAAUCUUUGGUCAAUGACAGCUCAAAGGAAAGUGAUAAACUUGUGUUGAAAUGAGGAACAACCGGUAGAACCAGAUUGCCUUACUCUCGGUCUUCUGUUUUAGUACUACAGUCCCUAAACAAGCAAUCAACCAUGGCUGGGAUGAGCAACUCUCACAUGAAGACUCUAGAGGACCUCACUCUCGACUCCGGCUACGGGGCUGGGGACUCCUGCAAGUCUCUCAGCCUCUCCUCGUCCAAGUCCAACUCGCAGGCGUUCGUGAACACUCCGCACCGGGGCAACUGGUGGUACUACUCCGGGUCCAUGAACAGCAGGAAUAACAGUUGGGACACCGUCAACACAGUGCUACCGGAGGAUCCCGAGGACAUUUUCUCCAAAUGCCCCCGGCUACCAGACUUGGAGGAGUUUCCCUGGACGGAGGAAGACGUGGGCAGGAUCCUGCGCAAAGUGGCCAGCAAGGGGCCAGCGUUUUCCAGCGACGCGGUCCGCAGGCUGUCCAACCUGAUGCGCAGGGCUCUCAUCCGCAUCUCCAGAGAGGCGCAGCGGCUCAGCGUCAUGCACUGCCGCUGUACGCGCUUCGAGGUGCAGAGCGCCAUCCGCCUGGUUCUGAGCUGGGCGCUCGCUGACCACUGCGUGUCAGCCACCGUAAAGGCCAUCUCCAUGUACAACAUGAGCGCCGGCGAGCUGCUGCGCAAAGGCAAGUCCGCCAGGUGCGGCCUGACCUUCUCGGUGGGACGCUUCUUUCGGUGGAUGGUGGACACGCGCAUCGCGGUGCGCAUCCACGAGUACGCGGCCAUCUGCCUGAGCGCGUGCAUGGAGGCGCUGGUGGAGGAGGUGGGCGCGCGCGCGCUGAUGGCCGCCGACGGCGGCGGGGCUUCCAGCGGCGCGCUCACGGUGGAGGUGCUCGAGGGGGUCGUGAAUAACGACUCUGAACUCUGGGGGGUCCUUCAACACUACGAACAUCUGAUAUGCGGCAAGAACGCCAACGGUGUGCUGUCCCUGCCGGCCCACUUCAGUCCGUACACGGAGCAGUCGUCUGGGCUGGAGAGCAGGGAGGACGCCUACGCCCAGCUGGAGCUGCGCACGCUGGAGCAGUCCCUCCUGGCCACCUGUGUGGGCAGCAUCUCAGAACUCAGUGACCUGGUGUCGCGCGCCAUGCACCACAUGCAGCGCCUGAGCUCGGUGCGCCCGGGCCUGAGUCCUGCCCGCCACGCCCGCCCGCAGCCCGUGUCCUGGUCGCCCGACGCCCUGCACACACUCUACUACUACCUGCGGUGCCCGCAGAUGGAGUCCAUGGAGAACCCCAACUUGGACCCGCCGCGCAUGGCUCUCAGCAAGGAGAGGCCCUUCCUGCUGAUGCCCCCACUGAUGGAGUGGAUGCGGGUGGCCAUCGUCCACGCCGAGCACCGCCGGAGUCUGCUGGUGGACAGCGACGACGUCAGGCAGGCCGCCCGCCUGCUGCUGCCAGGCCUGGACUGUGAGCCACGGCUGCUCAAGCCCGAGUGCUGCUUUAGCUCCUUCAGGCGUUUGGACGCCAAAGCCGCAACAGAUAAGUUCCAGCUGGACCUGGGCUUCCGGAUGCUCAACUGCGGACGCACGGACCUGAUUGGCCAGGCCAUCGAGCUGCUGGGCCCCGACGGGGUGAACGCCAUGGACGACCAGGGCAUGACGCCGCUGAUGUAUGCCUGCGCGGCAGGGGACGAGGCCCUGGUCCAGAUGCUGAUUGAUGCCGGAGCCAACCUGGACGUGGCGGUUCCAGUGUACUCCCCGAAGCAUCCCUCUGUCCACCCUGACAGCCGUCACUGGGUUGCAUUGACCUUCGCCGUGCUGCAUGGACACAUCUCAGUCGUGCAGCUCCUCCUGGACGCGGGCGCUAACGUGGAGGGCGCAGCUGUCCGGAACGGCCAGGAGUGCAGCGCCGACACCCCUCUCCAGCUGGCCUCCGCAGCAGGGAACUAUGAGAUGGUGACGCUGCUGCUGGCGCGAGGGGCAGAUCCUCUGCUUAGAGCCCACGAAGGGAACAUGCUGACGACGUCGCUCUACGAGGACAUGAACUGCUUCAGUCACGCUGCCGCACAUGGACACAGGAACGUGCUGCGGAAGCUGCUGGCCCAGCCGCAGCAGGUGAAGGAGGACGUGCUGUCCCUGGAGGAGAUCCUGGCCGAGGGCGUGGAGGGGGAGGACCUGGACUUGGAAGUGUCCUUGUCGGGACGCAACGGCCACUGCCUGAUGGGACUCGGAACCGGGCCGAGAGGCGGAGGUGGCGGCGGAGGAGGAGGAGGAGGAGGAGGAGGAGGUGCUGCGGGAGCCCCCCCACCCUCUCCGAGCCCCAGCUCGCUGUCCAGCGACUCCACCGGCAUGCGCCUGUGCAAGGCCCGCAUGAAGGCCCUGCAGGAGGCGUCCUUCUACAGCGCCGAGCACGGAUACCUGGACGUUACCAUGGAGCUCCGCUCUCUAGGCGUGCCCUGGAAGCUGCACGUGUGGCUGGAGUCCCUGCGGAGUGCCCAGCAGCAGUCCCGGCCGGCCGUCUCGCUCUCCCUCCUGCGAGACUUCACCUCCAUCAGGGAGGAGGACUACUGCGAGGAGCUGGUCUGCCUCGGCCUGCCCCUCAUGUUCACCGUCCUCAAGACCAACAAGCAAAAUGAUGCUAUAGCACAGCAGCUAGCCACCAUCUUUAGCCACUGCUACGGGCCGGCCCCGCUGCCCCCCAUCUCCGAGGUGAAAGCCUCUCUCUCGGCCCAGCUGGACUCUCACUUCCUGAACAACCAGGAGAUGUCGGACGUGACCUUCCUGGUGGAGGGGAAGCCCUUCUACGGCCACAGGGUCCUGCUCAUCACAGCCUCCGACAGGUUCAAGUCUCUGCUGGCCCAGAAUGGAUCCGACGGUUCCCAAAGCAAGGACGUGGAGAUCAGCGAUGUUAAAUACAACAUUUUCCAGAUGAUGAUGUCGUAUCUGUACUGCGGUGGGACUGAGGCGCUAAAGACAAACGUGUCAGACGUGCUCGAGCUGCUAUCCGCGGCCAGCCUUUUCCAGUUGGGGGCGCUUCAGAGACACUGCGAGAUCGUCUGUGCUCAAAACAUCAGCCUGGAGAACGCCGUCAACAUCUACCGCACUGCCAAGGCUCACGGCGCGGUGGAGCUGAGUGGCUACUGCGAGGGCUACUUCCUGCAGCACAUGCCGGGGCUGGUGGAGCGCGAGGCCUUCAGGGGGCUGCUGCUGCUGGGUCCAGGCCCCGGGCCCGCGGGGGGGCGCUGGGGGGGGUCCGGACGGGAGAACCCGCUGGACGACAUGGAGGCUCUCCUGGCCCGCAGGCUGCGCUCGCUUUACGUCACCUCCAGAGUGUGAGGAGGACGAGGAGGAGGAGGAGGAGGAAGAGGAGGAGGAGGAGGAGGAGGAGUGUAGGACUUCAGAGGGGAUGACUGUGAGAGGCUUGGUACCCCCCACGGCCAUCCCCUUUCACCCAGGCCACACUCACUCUGUAUCACCUGCUGAGCAUGAGGAAGAGGAGGAAGAGGAGGAGUAGGAGGGUAACAAUGGACUCAGGAGAUGUAGCCUGGAGAGUGGCUUAGUGCCCAUUCUCUUCCCUGCCUCAGAGUCCUCUCCGUGUGUGGACAAGAUGUCCUUCACCUCUCGCCCCAAACCUAAGAGCUUUCACAGCUGGAGAUGGAAGGACAAAGGCUAGGUAGGGGAUGUGAAGAGAAUUUGUGAAAAUAUGCUAAACUGAUCACGACUGCCCCCCGGUGGUCGUGAUGAGAAGGACAGACUGGAAGAUUGAAUAGCUGUCUGUGAGGGCUGCUGCUGAUGUGGACUUUCGUGCUUGAUCCCCCUUAGCUGGUACGGGGAAGGACGGCCAUCCUUACGGACUUCAGAAAGAGACUGAUGUGUGUUUCUGGACGGCGCAGAAAGCAAAGCAUUGCGAACGUGUUCCUAACCUCUUCCUGUAGGUAUUUUAUUCUAAGCUAUAACAAUAAUAACCUUUAACAGAGAAUGCCAUUGACAUUUUCUAUUUACAGAAAAUAUGUGAGAUUUAUUUAAUUUUUUGUUUUUAUUUUGCUUAAUGCCUAGCAAAUAAAAAAUAACAUAAAACCCAGUGUUUUGGUUUGGUGUACUUUUUAAAAAAAAUACAUGAUUGGCAGUUAUUUUUGAUGUGUACUUUUUUUGAAAAAAAGAUUGUUCAAUUCCUGUUGGCUGCUUUGUAUAGCAAUAGGCUUCAUGCCAUAAUAAAAACAAUGGUCAUGCUAUGACCAGAUGUACA